CAGGUCACAGUUGUCUAAGUAAAAAGAGACCAUGGAUCUGGUUGUGUUCCUGGGGCUCUGUCUCUCCUGCUUGCUUCUCCUUUCACUCUGGAAACGGAGAUCCAGGAAAGGGAAGCUCCCACCUGGUCCCACUCCUCUCCCUAUUAUUGGAAAUAUCCUGCAGUUAGAUGUUAAGAACAUCAGCAAAUCCUUAAGCAAACUCUCAAAACUCUAUGGCCCUGUGUUCACUGUGUAUUUGGGCUUGAAGCCCACUGUGGUGCUGCAUGGAUAUGAAGCAGUGAAGGAAGCCCUGAUUGAUCUGGGAGAGGAGUUUUCUGGAAGAGGCAGUGUCCCACUUCUUGAAAGAUCUAAUAAAGGAUACGGAUUAGUGUUCAGCAGUGGAAAGAGAUGGAAGGAGAUCCGGCGCUUUUCCCUCAUGACCCUGAGGAAUUUUGGCAUGGGAAAGAGGAGCAUUGAAGAAUGUGUUCAACAGGAAGCCCACUGCCUUGUGGAGGAGUUGAGAAAAACCAAUGCUUCACCUUGCGAUCCCAUUUUUAUCCUGGGCUGUGCUCCCUGCAAUGUGAUCUGCUCCAUUAUUUUCCAGAAUCAUUUUGAUUACACAGAUCAGAAUCUUCUUAGCUUGCUCAAAUUAAUGAAUGAAAACGUCAAUAUUCUGAACUCCCCAUGGGUACAGGUCUGCAAUAUUUUCCCUGUUUUCAUGGAUUAUUUCCCAGGGAUUCAAAACAAAUACUUAAAAAAUUCUGAUAACAUAAAAAGUUAUCUUUUGGAGAAAAUAAAAGAACACCAAGAAUCCCUAGACAUUAACAAUCCUCGGGACUUCAUUGACCAUUUUCUGAUCAAAGUGAAACAGGAAAAGCACAAUCUACAUUCUGAGUUUACUAUUGAAAAUUUGUUAUACACUGCAAGUGAUUUAUUUGCUGCUGGGAUACAUACAACAGCAACCACCUUGAGAUAUGGACUCCUGCUUCUAAUAAAGCACCCAGAGGUAACAGCUAAAGUCCAGGAAGAGAUUGACCGUGUGAUUGGCAGACACCGAAGCCCCUGCAUGCAGGACAGGAGCCACAUGCCCUACAUGGAUGCUGUGGUGCAUGAGAUACAGAGAUACAUUGACCUCGUUCCCACCAACUUGCCUCAUGCAGUGACACGUGAUGUAAAGUUCAGAAACUACCUCAUCCCCAAGGGAACAACCAUAUUAACAUCCCUGACGUCUGUGCUUCAUGAUGAUAAAGAAUUCCCCAACCCAGGGGUGUUUGACCCUGGCCACUUCCUGGACGAGAGCGGUAACUUUAAGAAAAGUGACUACUUCAUGGCUUUCUCAGCAGGAAAACGGAUGUGUGUGGGAGAGGGACUGGCUCGCAUGGAGCUGUUUUUAUUCCUGACCAUCAUUUUACAGAAAUUUACCCUGAAAUCUGUGGUUGAGCCAAAGGACAUCAAUAUCACUCCAGCUACCAGUGGGUUGACUUCUCUGCCACCUUCUUACCAGAUCUGCUUCAUUCCUGUCUGAAGAAGGGCAGACCAUCUGGCUGCUGAUGUGCCAUUGUCUGCAAUUUCCCCUUCUCUGGAAUAUCAUUCACCUCUUUCCCUCUUCAUCCCUUUCCCAGGGAUGCCUUCUCUAUCCUCUCAUCUCUGUAUUACCCCAUUCCCUCAACAUUCAGUGAACAUCCAGCCUCAUUAAGGAGAGUGUCUUGAUUUUCACGGCAUGAAUAUAUUUCGCCUAUUUCUCACACUGGGUAGCACUUAUAUUGGCCACUACAUACGUUAAAACUUAUAUGAAUUAUUACUAUGUUAUCAAUAUUAAACAGUAAAAUGAUUUUAGCCAGCUUUAUUGAGAUUUAUUUGGCAUAUAAUAUUGUGUAAGUUUAAGAUAUACAACAUGAUGAUUUGAUAUAUGUAUGUAUUGCAAAUAGUUUACCACAAUAAGGUUGGUUAACAUAUCUAUCACCUCACAUAGUUACCUUUUUUGGGUGGUGAGAAUGUUUAACAUCUAUUAUCAGCAACUUUCAAGUAUAUGAUAUACUAUUGUUAACUAUAGCCACUCUGCUAUAUGUUAGAUCCCCAUAUAUUAUGCAUCUUACAUUAGACCUCCUUGAAGUUUGCAUUGGAUCAACAUCUCCCCAUUUCCUCCACCUCUUCUAACUCCUGCCCAUCUCCAAUCUAAUCUCUCUUUCUGUGAGUUUGGCUUUUUUAGAUUCCACAUUUAAGUGUGAAUAUAUAGGACUUGUCUUUCUCUCUCUGACAUUUAACAUAGCGUAUGUCUUUAGAGUUCAUCCAUGUGGUUUCAAAUGGCAGAAUUUCCUUCUCUUUAUGGCUGAAUGAUAUUCCUUUGUAUAUACAUAUCACAUUUUACUUACCCAUUCAUCCAUUUAUAGACAUCAAUAGAUGAUGUCCUUAAGUUGCUUCCACAUCUUGACUAUUGUGAAUAAUACUGCAGUGGCAUUGGGAUGCAGUUAUCUCUUCAGGAUAGUGAUUUCACAUCCUUUUGAUAUAUUCCCAGAGGUGAAAUUGAUGGAUUAUAUGGUAGUUCUAUUUUAACUUUUUGAGGAACUUCCAUUCUGUUUUCCAAAGUGGCUGUACCAAUUUACUUUCCCACCAACAGUGCAUAAGGGUUCCAUUUUCUCCAAAAUCUUUUUAGCUCUCUCUCUCUCUUUUUUUUUUGGUCAUAACCACUCUAACAAGUGUGAGAAGAUACCUCAUUGUGAAUUUGAUUCGCAUUUCCCAGAUGAUUAGUGGUAUUGAGGACCUCUUCCUAUACUUCUCUGCCAUUUGUAUGUCUUCACUAGAAAAAUGUCUAUUCAGGUCCUUUGCCUAUUUUUAAUCAUGUUAUAGUAGUUCCCUCCUAUCUGUGAGUGAUAUGUUCCAAGACUCCCCACUGUAUGCCUGAAACUGCAUAUAGUACUAAACCUUAUGUAUACUAUGUUUUUUCCUAUACAUACCUAUGAUGAAGUUUGAUUUAUGAAUUAGGCACAGUAAGAGAUUAACAACAGUACCUAAUAAUAAAAUAGA